UUCUCUGAUCAACCUCUGCAUAAUCUCUCACUAAUUCUGAACAUCCUUUCUGUUCUUCAUUUCGCAUAUGCACAAUGGUAGAAAGUAAGCGGAGUAUUUCUCACCAAUUUGGUUUGCUCUUCCUUUGUAUUGGAUUCUUUGCUUCCCAGCUUCUCGCCGCCACCGCUGAUCCGAUCUUUUACGAAUCAUUUGAUGAAUCCUUAGAAGGACGCUGGAUCGCGUCAGAGAAAGAGGAUUAUAAAGGUGUUUGGAAACAUUCAAAGAGUGAAGGACAUGAAGAUUAUGGACUACUUGUGAGUGAGGCAGCAAGGAAAUAUGCAAUUGUGAAGGAGCUUGAUGAAGCUGUGAAUCUGAAGGAAGGAACAAUUGUUCUCCAAUUUGAAACCAGACUUCAAAAUGGACUUGAAUGUGGUGGAGCUUAUUUGAAGUUUCUCCGCCCUCAAGAAGCUGGAUGGAUCCCAAAGCAAUUUGACAAUGAGUCUCCUUAUUCAAUCAUGUUUGGCCCUGAUAAAUGUGGUGCUACAAACAAGGUCCAUUUCAUUCUCAACCACAAGAAUCCUAAAACAGGAGAAUACGUCGAGCAUCAUCUCAAGUACCCAGCCUCCGUCCCAUCUGACAAACUAACCCAUGUUUAUACUGCCAUUCUAACCUCUGACAACGGGGUAAGAAUCCUCGUUGAUGGAGAAGAAAAGAAGAAAGCCAACUUCCUCUCUAGUGAAGACUUUGAACCAUCUCUUAUUCCUUCCAAGACAAUUCCAGACCCUGAAGAUAAGAAACCUGAGGACUGGGAUGAGAGGUCGAAAAUCCCAGACUCUGCUGCAGUUAAGCCAGAUGACUGGGAUGAAGAUGCCCCAAUGGAGAUCGAAGAUGAUGAAGCAGUUAAGCCAGAGGGAUGGCUAGACGAUGAACAAGAAGAGAUCGAUGAUCCAGAGGCAUCAAAGCCUGAAGAUUGGGAUGACGAGGAAGAUGGUUUGUGGGAAGCACCCAAGAUUGAAAACCCUAAUUGUGGUGCCGCCCCUGGUUGCGGAGAAUGGAAGACACCAAUGAAGAGGAACCCAGCUUACAAAGGAAAGUGGACUGCACCACUUAUUGAAAACCCUAACUAUAAGGGUAUCUGGAAGCCAAAGGAAAUAGCUAACCCAAAGCAUUUUGAAUUGGAUAGACCCGAUUUCGAACCCAUCUCUGCCAUUGGUAUUGAGAUCUGGACAAUGCAAGAUGGGAUCUUGUUUGAUAACAUUUUGAUAGCUGACAGUGAGAAAGUGGCAGAGAAAUACAGAGUAACUGCUUGGAAACCGAAAUUUGAUGUUGAGGAAGAGAAACAAAAGGCAGAGGAAGCAUCUGCUGGAUCAGUUGAUCUCAAGGGAAUUCAGAAAACUGUUUUUGAUGUUCUGUACAAGAUUGCAGACAUUCCUUUAUUGGCUGAACAUAAGCACAAGAUUCUGGAUUUAAUUGAGAAGGGAGAAAAGCAACCAAAUAUAACAAUCAGCAUAAUAGUCUCCAUCAUCAUCGUUAUCUUCACAGUUUUGCUAAAAUUGGUUUUUGGUGGGAAGAAGAAGAAGAGGACUUCGAUGAAGAAGAAGGAGAAGGAAGAGGAGAAAGUGAGCGUUGAGACGACUAAGAACAACACUGACCAAGGAAGUGGAAGUGGGAGCGGGAGUGGAGAAGAUGAGAAGGAGAAGAAGAGUACAUCAACCCGCAGGAAGUCGGCCAGACGGGAGGGAUAGAAAUAUGAUUUUGUAAUUGUGAUUGCUAUUAAUUACUAGUUCCUUUCUUUUGGAUUAUUUUUAUUAUGAUUUUUUGGACCAAAAAAACAAGUAUAAACAAUUAUAUGUGAGGAAGAAAUUCAGUUCCA